AUGAAGGCCAUUUCUGCUAUUGUCGGCGGCGACGAUGCCGCCAAAGACAAAGCAUUCGCUGAAGGACUCUACAUUGCCGGCAGCCGAUAUGUCAUGGCCCGAGCCGAUGGUCGAAGUAUCUACGCCAGACAGGGUCGACUGGGCGUCGCCAUCGCCAAGACCAAGCAGGCCAUUGUUGUUGGCCACCACGCCGAGACUGGCGUUGCUGGCAACGCUAGCUCGACUGUCGAAGGACUGGCUGACUACCUUGUUGGACAGGGAUACUAG